UUUGAAACUCUCUCCAGUUCUUCAGAUUCAACGUCACACAUCAUUAUUAAACAAUUUGUUCCCACAAAAAUAUAUAGCCCCGUCCCCAACUCCAUCCCGACACCUGUCGCCCAUUCGCCGGAAACCAUAAGAGGCGAUAAAGCUAGCCCAUAGCACCGUCCAGGAAGCGAGGGAUUGACGAUUCGAUCUUUGAAGUCGCUGGAGUUUUGAAGGAGGAGGCUGCAAGAUGAAUUUCAGGGGAGUGGGGGUCGAUGGAAACGAUGCCCGGCAGCAGCCAGGAGCUGCGCAGGCGCUUGCGCGGCAGUCGUCGGUUUACGCUCUGACCUUCGAUGAGUUCCAGAGUUCGAUGGGUGGUAUAGGGAAGGACUUUGGUUCGAUGAACAUGGAUGAGUUCCUGAAGAAUAUCUGGACGGCUGAGGAGAGUCAGGCCAUGGCCGCAGCCCUCGGCGCAUCCGACGGCGGCGUUGUUGGGGGUUCGGUUGGGCUUCAGCGCCAGGGUUCGAUCACUCUGCCGAGAACUCUCAGUCAGAAAACCGUCGACGAGGUGUGGCGCGAUGUUAUCAACGAGAGUGGCGGUGGUGGCUCAGGGGCGGGCGCCGGCGGAUCCGGAUUCCAGCAGCAUCAGCGGCAGCCGACCCUUGGCGAGAUGACCCUCGAGGAGUUUCUGGUACGAGCCGGGGUUGUGAAGGAGGAGAUCAACAUGUCGACAUCUAGACCGGCUGUUAACGGUAUAGCUUCUUCUGGCAGCAACGUUUACUAUGGAAACUUGUCGGCUUCAGGAACAAACAAUACUGGGAUCGCUCUCGGCUUUCCUCAGGCGGGUCAGGGUAAUUUGGGCAUCAUGCCGGCCUCAAUCCCUAGUAAUUCUAGCGCUAAUCUCCCCAUGCCUGCCUCGGGCACAAGGCCGUACGCCCCUCAGCUUCCGUUGGGCAGUAAUGUCAAUCUUGGAAGUCCUAGGGCCGUGAGAGGGGGAGGACUUGUUGGCAUUGGUGAUCAGGUAAUCAGCAAUGGUUUGAUCACCGGGGUGGUUGGUUUGGGGGUAGGAGGUGUCAACGUCGGUGCGUCGGUAUCUCCGGUGCACCAGAUUCCUUCUGACGAGCUUGCAAAAGGGAAUGGAGAUCUUUCUUCUUUGUCUCCUGUGCCAUACGUUUUCAAUGGGGGACUGAGGGGAAGGAAGUGCAGUGGAGCAGUGGAGAAGGUUGUGGAGAGGAGGCAGAAGAGGAUGAUAAAGAAUAGAGAGUCUGCUGCAAGGUCUCGCGCUCGGAAGCAGGCUUAUACGAUGGAGCUAGAGGCUGAAGUUGCUCAACUAAAGGAGCAAAACCAGGAACUUCAAAAGAAGCAGGCUGAGUUCAUCGAGAUGCAGAAAAAACAGGUCUUAGAGAUACUUAAUCAGCAGCGUGCAACUAAGAAGUUAUGCCUGAGGAGGACGCAGACAGGUCCCUGGUAAGCCAAAUCUUGGCUGAAAAAGUUUACAUGGUUAAUUACAUUCUGCCCCGUGAGAGUUUGAUUUCUAUCUGUAGAAAGAAACAUGUACCCUUGCUGUAAAUUAAGGAUCAAGAGUGAGCUAUUGUAGAUAAUGUUUCCCAUCCCAUAAUUAAGUUUGGCCCUUUCCAUGUUUCCUGUUUUGCGGCUGGAGCACUUCACUUUUUGCUCUGCUUUUAUUCUCUGCCAUUAUCCAUUACAUGGCAUGGAGUAGUUUUAUUGUCUCAGUUAUUAUGUAUGAAGACUUUAUACACGAUAUGAAUUAUACUCGCAUUUUUAAGAGCUAUUUAUCUGUGAUUGUAUUUCAAUGUUUAGCGGACCAUUAUGAUUUUAGCAGGGACAGCUUUUAUGAGCAUAAGUGGCUAAGGGGCCC